AUGUCUCCGCGCAACGAGAUUCGCGCAAGAGCCUCCAGAAGUUGUGGGAACUGCCGGGCUGUCAAGCGACGUUGCGACCGACAGUCUCCCCAUUGUGGACAGUGCAUUCGACUAGGCGAAGAAUGCCCUGGGUACCGAGAUGAAUGGGAUCUCGUCUUCCGCGACCAGACCGACAAGACCAUUAAGCGUUCUAAGGCAAAAAGGACGAAGAGCGCGUCUAACGACUCUCCUCCGCCCACCCAACAUUUGAGCCCUACCACCCAAUGCUUGAGCCCUAGUAUAGAUGAGAUAGGCGUCAACUAUUUCUUGUGCAACUUUGUCAUUGGCGGCCAGUCCUCUUCACGGGGAUGCCUCAACUACAUUCCUACUGUUUAUCGCGCUGAUGGCGACAGUCCGACGCUGGUAGCUAGCAUGGCGGCAGUAGGCCUCGUGGCUUUGGCUAAUACGACUCAGCAGCCCGAGUUGGCUAGCCACGCGCGUGCCAAAUACGCGGAGGCAAUCCGCAAUGUGAACAUUGCGUUAGAAUCGCCUAUCGAGUCCGUCAAGGACAGCACCUUGAUGUCGGUGAUCUCGUUAGGGGUCUUUGAGCACGUCUCCGAUUAUGAGUCAUGGGUUCGACAUGUCCAGGGCGCUGCAGCACUGGUGGUUGCCCGGGGCAAGAGACAAUUCUCUAGCCCCAUCACCAUCCUCAUGUUUAACCAAGUGCGCGCAGACCUAGUGCUUGCCUGCGUCCAUGGUGCGAAGCCUUUUCCGGAGGACGUACUUGAGCUCCAGGAAGAGGCAGCAAAGCACGCCGACACUUCUAGUACGUUCUGGUUUAUGGGGGUGUUGGGCACUCGGUGCGCAAACCUGCUUAUGAGCGUUAGGAAGAAUAAGUUUACUGGGGGCAUCCCUUGGUCUGAAUUGCUGGACGAGGCGAGUGUGAUUGAGCGUGACUUUCAAUACAUCCUUGGGGUCCUGGUCAUACAAGAACCGUAUACAACCACGCGAGACUCAGAUGGGGACCCAAGCAUGAUUUAUAAUGGUCGAUUUGACCUUUAUAGGGACUCCUGGGCGAUCAGACUCUGGAACAACUUGCGAAGCCUUCGAAUGAUUGUCUGCGAGAUAUCGUACUUCCUCUUGAACAAAUUUCUCGCUACGGAUCUCGCACCAGCUGUCCGGGAGAAUAUGAAGCUUGAGCUCCAAAAGACCCUAGAAACCCUGUCCAGAAUGGCCGACGAUAUCUUAGCCACCGUCCCGCAGGCUUCGGAAUUCCUGUCCUCGGCCUCUGGAUCCCGCCGCUCCGUCGGCUUUUCCUUCCAGCGCAGCGUGCCGGGCGGGUAUAUGUUGACCUGGGGUCUCUACAUGGUAGGGAAAUGCCCGGUCACGACAAGUGAAACCCGAAAGUGGGUCAUCCGACGCCUCCAGAAUAUCGGCAAGGACACAGGAAUCUCAGUCGCGCUGCAGCUGGUCGAGCAUAUAGAAAAUAUAGAUCAAUUGGCCGGCUGA